AUGGCAUCCGAACGUAUUCUACCCGAGAAGAGGAAUCCCAUGCUCGCAGAACCUCAUGCGCCUCAGUACGAGAUCCUGGUCGAGCGACGAUGCUUGGGUCAGACGGAGCUGAAGGUGAAGCCUGGUCAGGUCGGCACCUCGAAUGCGACGAAGCCCGAUAAUCUUGGUACGCUGGAGUAUGCGCACCUGCGCGUUCCUCUUCCCAAGGACCUGAGCGGUAGCGGCAUCUUCCACAAAGGCUCCAGUCGCAAAUGGCCGGAGGCUUACUUCUUGAUGCGACGGUCCAGCGAUGGCUUCAUCAGCGCGACUGGCAUGUUCAAGGCUGCCUUUCCAUAUGCGCAAGUCGAGGAAGAGCAAGCAGAGAAGGACUACAUCAAAGGCAUGGAGCAGACGUCGAGUGAAGAAGUGGCAGGGAACGUGUGGAUCCACCCAGAUGAAGCUAUCGAGCUCGCCGAAGAAUACGGCAUCAAGCUUUGGAUCGAAGCUCUUCUCGAUCCCGAGCCCAUCACGCACGGUACCAGCCCUGGUAAGGCCAUCGCGUCGCCACCUCCUUACAGAUUCUCCGACAUGGCCAACGGCAGCGUGCGAUCACCAGAAAAGAAGAUCACCGAAGGCCGCUCUUCCACGCGCAGCCGACGUAGCGCUAGCGUGUUAUCACAAGAACCCGAACCCGCCGCCUCGAAAACUCCCAGCCGAGCAAAGGCGACCCCACGCAAGGCGCGCAAGGGUCGCGGCGCACUAUCGAAGGUCGACGAGAAUGAGGGUGCUGCUCUACCUGAUCUCAUCAAUGGUGCGGUACCCAAAUUCGAGGCUGGCGGCCGCGGCACGGUGAAAGUCGAGGUCGAGACGACUACGCGACCUUCACUCACGGGUGGCGAGGAAACCGAGCAAACCAAGGUCAAUAUCGAAAUGCCCGCCGGUCACCCUGAACUUCCUCUCCCCGAAGACGCGGAGGGUAUGCUGGAGAAGGCGCGUCAGAUGGUCGCGGAAGCACAGAAAGUUGGCGGGCCAUCGACAGGCAAAGGCAAGCGAAAGGCAGAGGAGAUGCUUGAUGAUGACGAGGACGAGUUGUCGCUCGCUGCGCCUCUCCCCGCGAAGCGCGCCAGGAAGCUGGAGGUUGAGUUGAGGAAGGAGAGAAUUCUGCGCCGUAGUUUCGUGGGCAUUGCUGCAACUCUAGGCAUCGGCGCUCUGAUACCGAGCAUAAUGGCUGCUUUUGGCGCGUGA